AUGAUAACGGAAGAUUCACACACUAGCGAGGAAAAUCAAAUUAAAAUCACUUUGAAUUUAUCAGAAUCAGAGAUAGAAAUUAUUAGAUAUACGUGGAAUAAAAUGUUUUUAGAAGAUGAAGGUAUUGCUACCAGACCAUUAAUUAGAUGUACAAGUCGAGACUUUCCAGGUGGAUAUCCGGAAGAGGGAGCCAAUCCAGUUCAAGAUGUCUCAAGUACAACGUCAAGCAUUGCUCAAAUGCUAGAGGCUAAACGUUUAGCUACUGUCACUGGGGUAUUUUGCUAUCAAGUCUACCAGAAUUUACUGGCUCGCUAUCCGGGGUUAGAGAAAAUGUUCCCUUCAUUAAAGCAUCAAGCUACCCAUUUUGCCACAGUACUAAGGAUAACAGUAACACAAUUGGAAGAUCUAUCGCAGUUAGAUGAUUAUUUAUGCAGAUUGGGAAAAAGACAUUCUCGAAUUUUGAAGGUGGAACCGUUACCCUAUGAACUAAUGGGAGAAGCAUUAAUAGAAACAUUCCAACAAAGAUUUGGAACUAAAUUCAAUCAAGACUUUGAGACUGCUUGGACUAAAUUAUAUCUAUUUUUAGCAAACAGUAUUCUACAGUUUGGAGUCGAUCCAGUGAUGACCUGUGAAGGUCCUCUUCAUAACAACCGUGUAUAUACUCAGCCCACUAGUACGGAUGAUGAAUCAAGUUCCCAAGAACUGAUCAGUUUUAAAGAAAAUAUGGAACCUUCCCCCACAAUAGACCUCGAGGAGAUUAUUCCAGAACGUGGACGUAAAUCUCCAUAUGAUUUGUACAAACGGCCUACGAUAAAAUAUUCUCGUCUGCUGAUGGCGGCAAUGGCCACAGCUGCAAUAAAACGAAAGUAUCGUAAAAUCUGA